GUGGGCGGGGCAGCGGCGCGGGGACUUGGCUGCGCGCGUCCGUCGUCUCCGCCUGUCAAGUCUGUCUAGGCGCUCGGAGGUCAUGGCUGUGCUGGUGGCCCUUCUGCGCGGCAGCGCACGCGGGCGCGGCCCCCUGCUCCAGAGGCCGCUGCAGGAAAUAAGAUACAUGGAGCGAAGUUACAUAUCAAAACCCACUUUGAAUGAAGUGGUCAUAGUGAGUGCUGCAAGAACGCCCAUUGGAUCCUUUCUAGGCAGCCUUGCCUCCCUGCCGGCCACUAAGCUCGGUUCCAUUGCAAUUCAGGGAGCCGUGGAAAAGGCAGGGAUUCCAAAAGAAGAAGUGAAGGAGGUGUACAUGGGGAACGUUCUGCAAGGGGGUGAAGGACAAGCCCCAGCAAGGCAAGCAGCCCUGGGCGCAGGCUUACCUGUUUCUACUCCGUGCACCACUGUAAAUAAAGUUUGUGCUUCAGGCAUGAAAGCCAUCAUGAUGGCCUCUCAGAGUCUUAUGUGUGGGCAUCAGGAUGUGAUGGUGGCAGGUGGGAUGGAGAGCAUGUCCAAUGUUCCCUACGUCAUGAACAGAGGGGCAACGCCAUAUGGUGGCGUCAAGCUUGAAGAUUUGAUUGUGAAAGAUGGGCUAACUGAUGUCUACAAUAAAAUCCAUAUGGUAAUUCUUGAUUUUUGUUUUUUUUUAAAGAUUUUAUUUAUUUAUUUGACAGCGAGAGAGGUCACUUGUAAAAAAGAUUUUAAUGACCUAUUUUUUUUUAAUAAAGCAUUUGCUGAUGCUGCUGUUGAACCUGUUGAUUUUCCAGUUGCACCUGCAUAUGCUGUACCUAAGGUUCUUAAAGAUGCAGGACUGAAAAAAGAGGAUAUUACGAUGUGGGAAGUGAACGAAGCCUUUAGUCUGGUUGUGCUAGCAAACAUUAAAAUGCUGGACCUCGAUCCCCAGAAGGUGAACAUCAAUGGAGGAGCGGUUUCUCUGGGACAUCCGAUUGGGAUGUCCGGAGCCAGGAUUGUUGUUCACUUGGUUCAGGCCUUGAAGCAAGGGGAGUACGGUCUCGCCAGUAUCUGCAAUGGAGGAGGGGGAGCGUCUGCCCUGCUGAUCCAGAAGCUGUAGGCAACGCGUAUCGUCUAAAGCAACGAUCGCAACAGUCCUACGUGGCCAGAAGGUCUGCCGCCCUCAGUGUGACUGACCGCCCUGGGUCAGCUUGUAUGCUCAAUCUGUUUCAGGUUCUGUUGUUUUUUCUAACAUUUUUACAAUAAGAGAACAAGAUCAACUCUCAAUCCCUUUGAAAUUAUCAAUAAAUGUUUUCUUCUGCUUUAA